AUGGCAUCCUCCGCCGUCGCUCCGCCGCCGCGGGCGGCGGCGCUGCCCUUCCUCGCCGCCGCCGUCCGGUCUUUCGCGGCGGCGGCGGGGGUUUCGAGCCUGAAGGUACCGUGGCGGAGGGACCCUCUACUGGACGCGACCAUCGAGCGAGACAAGAAGUGGCGCCUCUGCUCCCGCGUGGUGCGGGAGGUCCUCAACGAGCCCGGCAGUGCCAUCGCCCUCCGCUACCUGGAGAAGCGGCGCGAGCGUCUCCGCCUUCCGGUGAAGGUGAAGACCUUCCUUUCCCGCAACCCCCUGCUCUUCGAUGUCUACCAAGACCGCCUACGGCCGCCGGCGGAGCCCGUCCCCUUCCUCCGGCCCUCCACCCGUUUGACGAAAUUCCUUAGAGAAGAAGAACGGGUCCGCUCCACCAACGAGGGCCUCGUCGUCGCCAAGCUCUGCAAGCUCCUGAUGAUGUCCAAGCACAAGGUCCUCAGCUCCGAGAAGCUGCUGCACGUCAAGCGGGACUUCGGCUUUCCCGACGACUUCCUCUCCAGCUUGGUCCCCAGGUACCCGCAUCGCCUCCGCUUCGCCGGCGGCGCCGCCGCCUCCUUUGUGGAGCUGGUGGGGUGGGACGAGGAGCUGGCGCAGUCGACGGUGGAGCGGCGGGCGGCGGAGGAGACCCGCCUGACGGGGGUCCCCAUGAGAGCCAACUUCGAGCUCCGCUUUCCGCGGGGGUUCUCGCUGAGGAAGGAGAUGAGGGAGUGGACCCGCGACUGGCUCGAGCUCCCCUACGUCUCCCCCUACGCCGACGCCGGCGAGCUGCGGCCGGCGUCGCCGGAGAUGGAGAAGAGGAUGGUCGGCCUGCUGCACGAGUUCCUCUCCCUGACGGUGCUCCGCCGCGCCGCCGUGCCCACGGUGGGGAAGUUCGCCGAGGAGUUCUCCCUCUCCAACGCCUUCCCCAACGCCUUCACCCGCCACCCGGGGAUCUUCUACCUCUCCCUGAAGGGCGGCGUCGAGACGGCGGUGCUCCGGGAGGCCUACGGCGGCGAGGGGGAGCUCCUUGACCGUGACCCAUUGCUGGAGAUCAAGGACAUGUUUGAGGAGCUCCUCGAGGAGGGGCACCGGCAGUGGGUGGAGCAGCAGAGGACGAAUCGGCAGUCGGCGGGCGGCAGUAGGGACAGAGAGCUGCUCGCCUCCGGGGGACAGUCGCAGUGA